AUGUCAAUACAGAAACAAACUUUGGAGCAGCAAGAAUCGCAAAUGAUGCGCUUGAAGAACUCAGGAUUGAUCAAUUAUACUGCGAGUCCUUUACUGAAUGAUGAAAAAGAAGAGGAGAUGACGAGAUCAGCUCUUGCAGCAUUCCAUGCUAAGGAAGAAGAAAUCGAGAGGAAGAAAACUGAGAUCCGAGGGAAAGUUCAGGCUCAGUUGGGCCGUGUUGAGGAAGAAACCAAGAAAUUGGCUGAAAUUCGCGAAGAACUUGAAGCUCUAACAGAUCCAAUGAGGAAGGAAGUUUCACUUAUACGCAAGAAGAUUGAUCUGAUUAAUCGAGACUUAAGGCCAUUGGGACUAAGCUGCCAGAAGAAGGAAAGAGAGUACAAAGAAGCCCUCGAGACUUUUAACGAGAAGAACAGGGAAAAGGCUCAGCUGAUUACCAAACUAAUGGAGUUGGUAUCUGAAAGUGAGAAACUGAGGAUGAAGAAACUGGAGGAGCUGUGUAAGAAUAUGGAAUCCCUUUACUGA